AGUGGCUCUUGCUCUUAAUAUAAUGCAGUAAAUAUCAUAUACCUUACUGAUAAUAUAUAAUUCAUAUUUACUAAGAAAUAUGUGUUUGCUUAAGACAGAGAAAAUAGUUUUGAAUCCUCCCCGAACAUGCUACCACAAUACUCGUACCUUUCAACCAUGUAGAUAAGAUUUAUUAAUCAGUAAUAUUAUUUUAAGAACUGGGAAUUCGCAUUAAUACUGAAACGCUUUAUAUUUCAUGUAUGCGUGUCAUUGUACCAGACAUUUAAAAUUUGAAUGCGUAGAUGAUGUAGGUAUGGAUCAUGAGUUUCUUUGUUGGAAGAUUCCUGAGAGAAACUAUCAUAAUUAAGGAAGAGAAGGUGCAUUGUAGAAGUAAAAUGGUUUGCAAGAACUCAGAGAUGGAAUGAUUAAAAGUUAACUAAUUUUUUAUUUUCUAAUUAGAAGUUUUGUUUUCUUUUAAAUUUUCUCAGUUUAAUAUGUUGCUGGCACAUACUUUUGAAGAAAAUUUUAAUUUCUCCUCAGUAAAUUCUACUGAAGCAUUUGAGAAGGAACUUUUUAUAGAGAACAAAAAUUUAUCCUCCAAAAGUCCUAAUGAAAUCAACAGUUCUAGAUGUCUUGUAGAUAAAACUACAGUCAGUUUAACAGAUAACAAGAGGAAAGUUAUUAAACUGUCAAGAGAGCAUGCUUGUGUUAGAAUACAAAAGUGCAUUGCGUACCUAUACAAUUAUUUUGAAAUGAAAUUAGACUGUGAUCUCAUGAGAGUUGUGCUUCAUGUCUUAAAAGAUUCUAGAUCAUAUUUCUGCAGUUUGUCUCAAUAUAAUCAAAUUUAUUUUAUAAAAGAAUGCUUUCAUCCUUUUCUGGAAGUUAGUGGUAAAAUAUCAGAAUAUUCUUCUGUUAAAUUUCAAGAUUGCAAAUUGGAGAAAGAAGAAAAAAAUUUAGUAUUUAUUGCAUACAUUUUGAUUUAUGCAAAGGAAAUGCAUUUUUUAAAAAUAUUUGAAUGUUUUGAAGAAUAUGGUGCACCAACUCCAAAUCCUCAUUUGAGCACGUCAAAAAAAUUCGCUUACUUCCGGAAUAGAAAGUCAUAUUUUUAUAUUGGAAAUGAUGGCUAUGUUUCCUUAAAUAGCAUUUCAGAAUUAAUAAUGUUAAAUAAUCCUAAUUUUUCUUAUUGGGUAAAUACAGCAUGUACAAGUAUUUCAAAAAUUCCUGAACUUUGUUCUGUACCAUAUUCUGGAAAGUCUAAACAGAUAUGUUCUGCAAGGACUAAAAAAUUAUUAUUCGAAAAUCAUAAUGAAAUAGACAGUUCUGAUUGUCUUCUAGAUAAGACUGAAGUUAGUCUAAUUGGUAAUAAUGCAGGAAUUGGUAACUUAUCAAGGGAGUAUGCAUGUGGAAGAAUACAUGCAUGCAUUGCAUAUCUCUAUAAAUAUUUUGAAAUUGAAUUAGAUAGUCUUCUUUUAAGAGUUGUACUUCAUAUUUUAGAAGAUUGUAAAUUAUAUUUCUGUAAUUUGCCUGAAUUUGAUCAAGUUUGUUUCAUUGAAGACUGCUUUCAUAAUUUUAUAAGAAAUGAGAAAAAAGUUUUAGAAUAUUUUUCUGUUAAAGGACGAGACUGCAAAUUGAGUAGAGAAGAAAAAAAUUUGGUUUUUAUUGCAUAUAUUUUAACAUAUGCGAAGGAAAUGCAUUUUUUAAAAAUAUUUGGUUGUUUUGAAGAAUAUGGGGCUGCAUCUCCAAAUCCUCAUUUAAACGAAUCUGGAAAAUUCAGUUACUUCCGGAAUAGGAAAAAAUAUUUUCAUAUUGGGAAUGAUGGCUAUGUCAUCUUAAAUGAUGUUUCUGAACUGAAUGUUUUAAAUUCUAUCAAAGUUUCUAAUUUUUUUGAUUCAUCAUGUAAAAGAAACCCUCCUGUUUCUCCCGUUGAUUCAGGUACUUGUUUGAGCCCUGUAUCUUGUGAGCAAGAAGAAAAACAAUUUUUCUCAACAAAUAUAUCUCUAUCAAUAGCUGAAAAUAUUACAGAUUUAUGUGUAAAAAUUCUUUCAAAUUCUAAUCAAAUGCACUUUGAAAAAAUAUGCAAAAUAUUGACAUGUAAUGGGUCUGAAGAGAUUCAGAGCUUCAUCCAGUCAUUAAGUAUUUCAGAAAAACUCGAUUUUUUUAAAAAUGCUUCAGAUAAAUUUGAAAUUGAAAAGAAUGGUUUUGUUACGUUAAAAACAUCUAUUGAACCAUUAAAUGCAUCCACAUGUAUUGAAAACCAUGAAAAAUACAUUAGUGUAGAUUUUAAAACACAAGGAGCUUCAGAAGGAGACAUAAAUGUUUUACCAUCAUGUAGUCAGCUUCAUAUUUCCAGUCCGCUAACAAAAGAUGAGGAAAAUGGAAAAAAUAAUGCUGCUGCUGCAACACCUUUCAUUUCAUGUGAGCCUCUAAGAAGCUGUGUUUCAUCAAAAGAAAACUUUGAUCAAGGAAAGGGAAUAAACACUGUGUCUUUCACAAAUGUAGGUAUUUCUAAGAACUCUAUUUUUAAAAAAGAGAAACCUCAAAUAUAUGAUUCAUCAAACUAUAAUAAUCAUAGUGUAACAGAUAAACAUGUGCUGCCAAAUCUACAGGAACACAGUUCGAAGGUUACGGAAAGGGGGAAAAUGCGAACAAAUUUUCCUCCUUGUCUCACAGAUGAAGUGAAACAAAAUAAGUGUUCUGAAAUAAUAGAUAUUUCAAAAGACAUAAUAUGGAAUGGAAAGUCACUUAAAGAUGAGCAUGUGAAUUGUUCAACAGCUGAUGAAAAUCCCAGUGACUCCAUUGCUGUUAAAAAAAGUGUGAAAAUUAAUAGUUUUUCAGCAAUAAUAAAAGAUAAAAUUACUUCACAUGAUAAGGUUGAUGAAAAACUUGUUUCUGUUAGGAACACUACUGUUUUAAAGCCUUGUAAAACAUUAUAUACUUGGUCUGCUAAGCACUGUGAUUUAAAAGAAAAUAUUACUUCCUCUUAUCCAGUUCCAUCCAGUUCAAGCAAUUGUAAAAAUGAGCCAGAACAUGCAAAAUCUCUUGAGACUCUACCAUCUAAUGAAGUUAAAAAUAGCCUAUAUCCAUGUGAUAUUUCCACUAGUGCAACUCAUAAAUCACAAGAUGCAUUAUCUAAUAUUUCUCCUUCAAUUAUACCUGAUUAUCUGUCCGAGUCCAAUCAAACGUUUUCUAAUGUUUCAAUUCCAGCUGUUGAAAAGAGAAUUUCUCAUCUUCAGAAACUUCCAGAACAGUCACCAACAUUUCUAAAAUACCCUAAAAGUGUUAAUAAACUAUCCAUUUCCAGACCUUCGAAAGCAGCAAGAGGUCUGACGUCAUCUACAGUCUCAAGCCAGUAUAGUAACUGUCUAACAGAUAAUAACUUUAAAAUUAUAAAACCACAGUCUUUUUCGUUUGAUGACGAAUCCUAUAAUGAAUAUUGUUCGGAAAUUCUUAACUCAUUUCUUGGCCCACUUAAUUCAGAGACAGGCAAGUCUGUGACCUCCAAUACAUUGAAAGGUGAAGAAUUAGUAAAUCAUGAUGUGUCGUUAUGUGUAAAAGAGGUUGAAGAACUUGAUAAUUUCACAUUAAAUAUAUCUAAAGAAGAAAAUAUUUUUGCAAAGAGCUUCUUUCCAGCCUCUAAUAUACAUAAACAUGCAGAUAAAGAAUUGCAAGCAAUAAAUUUUUUCACUGUUGUUUUGGGAAAAUAUUCUUCCGGUCUUUCCCUUCAGAUGUUAUAUAUACAUUUAAAAACUGCUUCCAGAGAGGUUAUUGAGUACCUGAAUAAUUGCUAUGAACAUAAUCUAUUACAUUUUUUCUGUGCAAAUAAAAAACACUUUUAUGUUUCUCCUAUAUCGCAUAAUGUUUAUCUUAGGAAGUAAGCAUCUUCUUAUGCAGAUGUAAAUAUCUGAAUAUGUAAUUAUAAUAGCUGACAUCUGUUUCAUUAUUUCUUUUAAAGCCCAUGGGAAAUUAUCACUAAUUCCAGGCUAAAUAUUAAAAUGAAUGAGAAGUGUA